GGAGAAGUGAAAGUCGAAAACCACAGUCUUCCUGGGAAAUUUUCGUUUAUUAUCUGUGGCCGCGGGGACAAUAGACACAGCCCUUAGCAGUAUAAUCUUUAGCCGUUUUUGUCGGAUUUUAUUACAGCCUGGGGAUCCCGCGACUAUUCAGAUCUGUUUUGCGUUGUUUGGUGAUAUUCACAGAACCACAUUCAUCACUGUGAAUAACACCAGUUCGGAAAUUUCCACGCUACGUCAUCCUGGAAAACGUGAGUCGGAAACAGUAGCAAGAAUGGGAGACUUUGUCGACAUUCAAAAACAGAACACUGUGGAGCAUCUGAAUCAGGAGCUGGAAAGGCUCCUGCAGUCCGCUCCUCCCAGCAAGGCAGAACGCGAUCGCAAGGAGUUCGAUGGAUUCUCUCGUUUGUUUAAGCGCUUCGUCUUCGAAUCGGGUGCCGCCAUCCAAUGGGACAAAAUCCAGUCCCUGCCCGAGAAUGCCGUGCUGGACUAUGCGUCUCUCAAAGCCCCCGAAGACAAGCAGGCUAUCGCCAACAUGCUGAGCCGUUUGGUUGUGGUUAAGUUGAACGGAGGCUUGGGAACGAGUAUGGGCUGCACUGGGCCGAAGUCGCUGAUUCAGGUGCGCAACGAUCUGACGUUCCUGGAUAUGACCAUCCAUCAGAUCGAGAGCCUGAACCUGACUUACGGGGUGGAUGUGCCGUUGAUUCUGAUGAAUUCUUUCAACACUCAUGAUGAUACCCAACAAGUCCUGCACCGCUACAAGCAUCGACGUGUGCGCAUCUUCACCUUCCUGCAGAGUCGCUAUCCCCGUAUCGAUCGGGAAACGCUGAUGCCUAUCGCCAAAAAUCUUAGCGGUUCUUCCAAUGAAGUGUGGUAUCCUCCCGGUCACGGUGAUUUCUACGAGGCCUUCUACAAUUGUGGCUACCUCGACCGCUUCAUCGAAGAAGGAAAGGAAUACUGCUUCCUGUCGAAUAUUGACAAUCUGGGCGCCACCGUCGACAUCAGCAUUUUGGAGCUGCUUCUGAAUCCCCAGCAGGCCACUGAGGGACUCGUUGAUGCGCGUAAUCUGGAUUUCGUUAUGGAAGUAACUGAUAAAACUCGGGCUGAUGUUAAGGGAGGAACAUUGAUCCUUUACGAAGAUAAGCUUCGGUUGUUGGAAAUUGCUCAAGUACCGAAAUCACAUGUGGAUGAAUUCAAAAGCAUUUCGAAAUUUAAAGUCUUCAAUACGAACAAUCUCUGGGUUAAUCUCAAAGCCAUUAAGCGUUUGGUGGAGGCGCACAGUAUGCAGUUGGAAAUCAUCGUUAACCACAAGCACAUCGACACCGGUGCCAACGUGAUUCAGUUGGAAACCGCAUGCGGUGACGCUGUAAAGAACUUCGAUCGCGCCCGCGGUAUCAAUGUGCCACGGCGCCGUUUCUUGCCGGUGAAGAAAACGGACGACCUUCUGAUGAUUAUGAGUAAUUUAUAUAGUAUCCAACAAGGAACGCUGAUUAUGAAUCCCAAACGUGUGUUCCCUUCGGUGCCUUUGGUUAAACUGGGUGAUAAGGAUUUCGGAAAAGUGCGCGAUUUCUUGAACCGUUUCUCUACGAUCCCCGAUUUGCUAGAUUUGGAUCAUCUAACCGUAUCGGGCGAUGUCACAUUUGGGAAAGGUGUUAUCCUGAAAGGUACAGUGAUUAUUAUUGCCAAUCAUGGAGAACGAAUUGAUAUUCCAUCUGGGGCACUGCUGGAAAACAAAAUUGUUUCUGGCAACUUACGCAUCAUGGAUCAUUAAGAUAUUUGCUUCAAAACUGCAAAGUGACUGCGUUAAAUGGUUUAUACGGAAUUUAUUUGGUUAAUAAUCAAAACGCAUUGAUUGGCACAUCGGUAUUAUUUCGCUAGAGAUGUUGCUUUGAGUUUGUUUUGCGUUAUUUGUCGGCUUAGAUGCUUUAUAGUUUAUAUCAUGUUAAUUUAAAUUUGCCUGUCUUUGGUUAAUCUCACGUUCGCUUUGCUUUGACUGUGUUGUAACUGCUAUUCUCGCUGAUAAAAUAUUGCUGCUUUGGCAGUAAGGUGGUGGAAUUAAAAUAAAGUCUAGAGACGA